GGGGCUAAUAAUUCUGACUUCAACUGUAUUAAUAGCUGAAUAACAAAGUUUAACACUUUAUUUAAUAUGAAAACACUGUUCAAUAUUGGAUAUUAAAGUUUAACACUCACAAUGAACAAAAUAUUGUCACAAAUGGCCCGUAGCUCUGUAUAUCCUAUAAGUACAUCAAAACAUUUAGCGUAGUUAAUCAGUGUUUAAGCAUGAAGCUGAGGCUUUAUGAGAUCUGUAAAUAUCAGCACACACCUUUAUCGCGCUUCUCAACAACUCCAGUAAGUUCACCGCACGUAAACCCUGAUCUCUAGACAGACUUCCUCCUCCAGCCUUCACGGUUGCCAUAGCUAUAGUUGGCAGUGGCGACCGACAACCGACGCGCUAUUGGACAGACAAGACAUCAUUCAGACAACAUCACCAAUCAGCGGUCACCCCAAAGGCGGGACCCGUAGGAACGCAGGAACGCCCCCCAGAUUGCGAGACAGACAGACUUCCUCCGCUAAAUCACGCCGUCUGGCCGCGGCAGCCCGGCGGGUGACGUAGGCUGUCGGGUUGUGGAUUGACGUUGUGAGUCUAUCAGCAUGAAGCCUGUACCAGUGUUAUCAGAGUGACGGCGACGGGCGAACGGUCGACGGUGAACUCCGAGGCGGAAUCCCGAGAUAUUGAAAACACACACAUAUUUAACGCGCUGUCCUUCUCUUAUCGUCAAAACAAAGCUGAAUUGACACUCAGGAUUUAAAGUCAUCCGGGAAGAAGACCUAUUAUGAUCCACAUAUAAAAAGCACUGCAUUCCUCAGACUUCCCCUUGCGCAUCUUCUGUUCCCCAAAGACCACUUAGCGAUAUCCAUAAACAACAUGACUACCACUGAAAACAAGCGUCCAGACGUCCCCAAGGAUCAGUCACUUCUAAAAGUGCCAUUAAAGCGCUUAAUGCGAGACAAUGGUACGGACGGCACACCCAUAAAGAAGCGUGUGAUGGCUGCUCUCAAUCUGUCCUGCAAAAAAAUCCCAGAAACCUCCCUCGGCAAGGCGGAGGCCAAUCCGGAUCUGAGCCCAGGACUCAAACACACUCUAGCGCAGUUCUCUCUGAGCAGCCAAUGCUCCCUUGGUGGCCCGGCUGCAUUUACCAGCCAUCAUGGUCAAUAUAAGUUGGCGCCCCCUUUGGCGCAUGGAGGUAUUGCAGGCGGGCCCCUGUUAGUCCCUCCUGACAGCUCCACAGACCUCAGCAUGUGCUCUCUGGAAGGCGAAUCAAUCUCCUGCUUCUCAGUUGGAGGAGAACUACGUCUUUGUUUGCCUCAGCUGCUAAACACUAUCCUUCGGGAUUUCUCGUUGCAACAGAUAAACUCUGUGUGUGAUCAGCUUUACCUGUACUGCUCCCGCUGUGAUGCCACACAGUUGCACAUCCUCAAAGUGCUAGGCAUCCUCCCUCCGGGCACUCCAUCCUGCGGCCUCAUCACAUUAACAGAUGCCCAGCGUCUUUGCAACACCCUUCUCCAUCCAGGCGAAGAGCCGCUAGACAGGGAGCAGGAGGAAAAAGAUGGCGAGGAAUCUGGCGGAUUUUGGGUGGAACACCAAUGUUUGGGCAAGUGUCAAGGUCUGUUUGUUCCUCAGCUUUACUCCAGUCCGGAUGCGCCCUGCGUUCGUUGUUCUCAAUGCCGGAUGCUUUUCUGCACGGAACGCUUUGUUAUGCACUCGCACCGACAGCCGGACAAACGCACUUGUCACUGGGGCUUCGAUUCAGCCAAGUGGGCCUGCUAUCUGCAGCUGGCGCAAAGACACCUGGGAACGGCAGAUGAGGAAAAGCUACAACAAUCUUUGGAGGACAUGAAGGCCAAGUUCCAGCAGGAGAAGAGGCAGCCUCAUGUAGGAGUAUCAUCACCUGCUUUUGUUUUCGACUCACGCUUGCUUGCCGGUCUGAAGGAGGAGCCCAGUAAUGAUGACUUGAUGUGGCAAAGCUGGUACCAGUACACACAUGACAAGCCGGCAGGUAAUGGUUUGGCACAACACUCUGGCUGUGUGCCUGAAAAGGAAAUGGGGUCUCCGGGAACAGAGAUGCAGACUGAUACUCAGGAUGAAAAGAAUCAGGAUGCACACGACACCGACACAAAGACCCUCACCUUCACAGGCCAAGAGAAAAGUGUCCAGUCAGAUGACGGCAGUGCGGAUGAAUGGCAGAGAAUGGCAGAUUCGCCGGAUUGUAAGCGGUCUGUAGAGCACAGUAAGGACAACAUGGUGAUGGAGCUCCUACAGAUGUACAGCGCUCAGCACGACAAACUCCAAUCCACACUGUACAGACAGAAGCAGCUCGAAAAGGAGCUGCAGGCGCUGCGUCAGGGUGAAACCCUCGACCGAUGUGACCUUCACGGAGAGCUUGAGGCCGUUCAGACCGAACACGCUCAGCGGCUCGGUGAAGUCCAGCAGGAGCAGAGAAAGCUGAAGUCCAGACUUGACCAGCUGAGGCAGCAGGAGUGCAGAUGCAAACAACUGAGCACUGAGACGCACCAGGAAACCAUCUACGCCAGACAGUUAUCAGAGCUGCGUCAGAGGCUGGACCGAGCAGAAGAAGACAGAGAGGAGCUGCAGGAGGAGCUGCGCAGAGAGAGAGAAGCCAGAGAGCGGCUGGAGAGAACCAUCUCUGAGCUCAAGCAGCAGAUGAGGGAGUCCACACACCCCGCACAACACGACUCAAUGGACAGUCCCAGCGACACACACAUGUCGCCUGCCUCUUAGUCUGAUCCGGAUGGAUUCUGCAGUGUGCUUUUCAGUUUGGACUUUGGAUGCCAGAGCUGCUUUCAAGGCAGGAAUAAUUUUGUCAAUAACGGUGAUGCCGAGUAAGUUUGGGUUUUAUGCUGUGAACUGACUUUUUGGAGUGUUUUGAUACAACUUAAAGAAAUAGUUUAUGGAAAAAUUAAAAUUCUGUCAUCAUUUACUCAACCAAUUCCUCUUUUUCAUAUGUUAACACACAUAAAAAAGACAUUUUGAAGAAUGUUGAAAAUCGGUAGCUACUGAUGAUCAUAGUAUUUAACCCUUUUUUUUGUACCAGUGGAGGUCAAUGGUUACUGGUUUCAAUGUAAUGUAAUGUAAUGUAUUUUUUAUUUAAUGCCAUGUCAGCAAUCAAGGCUAUUUUUAUGGCAAAAACAUUUCAAUAAUAAAUAUACAAUUAAAAACAACCAACAAAUUUAUAAAUAAAUAAAUAAAUAAAUAAAUAAAUAUGAUUUUUAGUGUUAACACAUGAUAAAAUUCUAAAGUUUUUCCUGGUGUCACUUUGCUAAAAAUUUGCUUAAGAGAGUUCAUUAAAAAAAAGCCUUCUAGAAUCAUUAGAAGCAGAACAAUUCAUUAAAAUGUGUUGUACAGUAAGGUGAGUUGUACAGUACAAAAUUGAGUGGGGUCUUCACCUUUGAGUAAAAAGCCAUGGGUUAACCUCGUAUGUCCAAUAUGACAUCUGUAAAAUCGCUUACUCAAAUCUAGUCUUAAAAUGUCUUAAAACAUGAGAGAUUUCAGGUUGAAUUUCAUACAAACUAUUAUUUUCCAUUGCAUCCCACUCCUGCCACUUGUUUAAAAUGUAAUGGUUGUUACUGGUUUUAAACAUUCUUUAAAAUAUCUUCAUUAUGUUGAACAUAAAAUAGAACUCAAAGAGCUUUGGAGAAACUGAAAGGUUGAGUAAACGACAGAGUUUAAUUUUUUUUGUGUGAACUAUUUUUAGAAUAAGUAGCUGGAGACGUUAUGCAAACCAAUGACUCUGCAAGCGUACAAUCAAUCCGUUUUGGUUUAUCAGUGCUAGAACUACUGAUAUUAAAUGUUUUGUUUUUUGAAAACUACAAUUGUAAAAAAAAAAUACCCAGACUAAUAUUGUUUCUAAAAUAUUUAUUGUACAUGCAUAAAUGUGAUGUGAAUAAUCAACAUAUUUAACAUUCUUUGUGCCAGAUUUGUUUUCUAUUUUCUGUAGGUUAUGCUUAUUAUGAAUGUACAAAAUUAUACGCAUGUGUACUUUCAUAAAUUAUGGAUAAAUAUAAUAUGUUUACACUGUGGUAUGAAACAAAAAAAAAAUGAUUUCUAGCCAUUUCCAGUGAAUGUUUUGCCUCCAGAAUUUUCUUUUUGCUUAUUUCCAGGACAUUUAACACCAAACAGAAACUGCUACAUUUUAAAGGUCCCAUGAAGUGUUUUGAAAUAUGUAUUUUUAUUCGAUGUUUGAUGCAAUCUCAACCGAAAUAUGAAGAGAGAGCGGGACAUAGUGUAGCUCUUACCCUUUUUAAAAAACAGCCAAUGUUGAGUGGUUGAGCUCAAGCGCAUCAAAUGUGAGGUGUCUUGAAGGGGGCGGGGCAUGUCAGAUACUAAAGGGUUUUUGAUUGGUCGAUUUGAUGAGAAACUAAAGGUUUGAGGUGACGUGAAUAAAACCGUUGAUCCAAUCAGGGGCCAGCGACAAACUGUAAGCUUCACAUGUUUAUAUCAGUUUUAUAAAUUCUAAACGUGAACGCACUAAUUUAUGGAUAUCCUAAAACAAACAAUAUUGAUACUUAAAUCUAAAACAUAGUAUUUUCAUUUCAUGGGACCUUUAAAAGUGACAGAAGUUACAUUCUAUAAAGCGUCUAAACAAGCAGGUCUGUUUACUUUGCUCAGAGAUAUGUGGUAUUCCAAUGCAAUCUCACGGCAAUUCGUAACUAUUUGAUUUAGUGGCAAAUUUGUAUGAAUUCGUAUGAUCUAACGCGUAGAGUUUAGUACGAUUUGCUCAUCACCCAAUGACGGUUAGGUUUAGGGACGGGGUUGGGUGUUGCACCUCCUAUUUAAAAUAGUAAAUUUUUACAGUCGAAUUAGCCACUAAAUGGACAAAACGUAAAAUAAUUACAUUUUCUCGUGAGAUCAGGCUGGUUAUUCUUGUGUGUGUAAGAAAGAAAAUGUA